AUGGCCCGCCAGUCACGAUCAUCUCGGGACUACCCCAGGGCCUCUCGCGACUAUGCCUACGGCCGUUCGUCGAGAGACCACACCAGCUCCUCGCGCGAGUACACGACCGAAAAGGCUACUAAGCGCGACCGCCGUGCGUCGCUGCCGCAAUACAACCACAAUGGACAUGCAGUGACUAAGGGUCUGCACCCGGAUGGAGAGAGUGGCAGGCGAGGCUUCAACCCCAUCAAGUUCCUCGUCAUCAGCGGACGGAGUACCAGUACACUGUCCAUGGUCACCAACAUGCUGUGGCCUAUUGUGCCAGUGGCCAUCGCUCUUCACUUUGCAAAGCCCGAAUGGCAUCUGGCCAUCUUCAUCACCAACUACAUGGCCAUGCUGCCCGCUGCCAACCUGCUGGGUUUCGCUGGCCAAGAGCUGUCUCGCAAGAUCCCUCAAAAGUCCAUUGCGGUUGUUCUGGAGACAACUUUCGGUUCUGUUGUCGAAAUCAUCCUGUUCAUGGUCCUGCUCAAGACUUCGGUUGGUGACUCGAACGUUCUGGUCAUCCAAGCUGCAAUCCUCGGUUCCAUCUUGGCCAACAUCUUGCUGUGCUUGGGUUGCUGCUUCAUCGCGGGUGGUCUGAAAAACAAAGUCCAAGAGUUCCACGAGGCUGUCUCUGAGUCUGGUAAUGGUCUCCUACUUGUCGCGUCCAUGGGUCUGGUGCUUCCCGCCGUCUUCUACAAAUCUCUUAUCAACAAUGCCGACUUCGAAAUCGUGCCUGGUAUGAUUGAACACAACGCCGUCUUGAUCUCGCGCGGCGUGGCCAUCAUCUCGCUGGUUGGAUACCUCAUCUAUAUUGGAUACCAGACCGUCUCGCACGACGGCUUGCUCCACGAGAUCUACGAAGCCGACGAGCACAAGGAUAACGACCGCCAUGAAGAACUGGCCAAGCCCAAGCUCACGUUGACCGAAGUCGUGGUGGCCCUCGCCAUUGCGUUGGCCUGUGUCUCCUUGAUUGCCGUGUCUUUGGUUCAGCAAAUCCCGUAUAUUGUCGAGCGCGGUGUCAAGGACGCCUUCGUUGGUCUCAUUCUCAUUCCUCUUGUAGAGAAGAUUGCCGAACACCUCCUCGCUAUCGAUGAGGCCUACGACAACCAAAUCAACAUGGCUCUGGCCCACGUCAUGGGCGCUUCCAUCCAGACUGCGCUUCUCAACGCCCCACUCACUGUCCUGGUUGGCUGGGGCAUUGGCGUCAACAUGUCCUAUGCCUUUUCCGUCUUCGACUCUGUUGCUCUCAUCCUCGCCGUGCUGGUCGUUGGAUCCUUCUUGCGCGAUGGCAAGUCCAACUACCUCGAGGGUGUUCUUUGCGUGAUGACAUACAUCAUCAUUGCCAUGUGCGCAUUCUUCUUCCCCAACCCUGCUGGCCACGGCGCUGGAGGUCACUAG